UAUCGUUGAUAGAAAAUAAAUAUGGAGGAAUCUGAAAAUGAACAAAAACUUUUCUCUAUGGAAUCAUAUGAAGAUUUAGAUUGGGACGGAUUGCUUUACGUGUGCAAAGAAAAGGAAGAACAACUUAAUCUAGCUGGAGCAUGUGGUUUAAAAUUACAUGAACAAUUGAUUGAAACUCAAAUGUAUAUUGAUGAGAUGAGAGUCCAACAUGAAGCUGAAAUGGAGAAAAUGGUGCAGGAAAUGUUUGAACUUCGCAUUAAAUUAGAGGGAAAAGAUAAAUCGCUUUCCAUUCAACAACAAGAGUUUGAAAAUUUUCAAAAUCAUCUAACAAAAAAAUUUAAAGAUGAAGAGGAGGAAUUAAAAAACCAACACAAAAAAGAAAUUAAUGCAAUGAAAAAAGCAAAUGAGCUUCUUAAUUCCACUAUUGAACAGGUAAAACUGAGCGAAAGUCAAACAAGACAAUGUAUCGAACAACUUAAUAGCAAAAUUUAUGAACUACAAACAUGUAAUCAACAACAACGACAAAUUUCUAGCACCACCAACAAUGAUUCUGAAAUGUUUGAAAUGCAAGAAAAAUAUUAUGCUCUGGAAGAAACACUAGAAACUAAAGAAAAUCUUAUAAGGAAUAUAGAAAAUACAAUUCAGUCUUUAAAACUUGUUCUUCAAACAAAAGAAAAAGAAAUUGAAUCAUUGCGUAAAGAAUUAGAGGAAUCAGAAAUUCAAUCAACUAGUUACUUUAAUCAUCUUCAGAGAAUUCGAAAGGAGUCAUGUGAAUUACACACAGAAUUAGAGAAUUUAAAAGCUGAGAUGAAAAGUUCUGGUCAUUUCCAAUCUGGAAACUCUUUAUUUGCAGAGGUUGAAGACAAGCGGUUGGAAAUGGAGAAGAAGUUGUUGUCAAUGAAAGUAAAACAUGAAUCUUUGCAAAAAUCUUAUAAUUUUUUGAAAUCCCAAAAUCACUCAAUGAAGACACAAAUUACUGCUUUGCUUCAAAUGAAUGCAGGCAAAGCAGACGGAGAAAGAAUUUUACAACUUGAGAGGGCUUUAUCUCAAGCCAAAUCAGAAGCUCAAGAGCUCUCUAAAAAGUUAAAAGAGACUGAAGAUAAUCAUGCAAUUUCAUCAGAUGAUUUAUUGAAUGUUGCAAAAGAUUUACCCGAGUUUCAAAGUACUAAAGAUAUUAUCAAUUUUCUUUCUAUACAACUCAAGGAACAAAAGAAAUUGGUAAUAAAGUUACGUGAAGAGCUUGAUCAUACCCACAUGAUUAAACUUGCAGAGAGUGACAAAUUACAGAUUGCAGAACAAAAACUUCACGAAUCUAGUGUGCUUGCUGAAAAAUUUAAAAGUCAAAAUAUGAAAUUGAGGUUAAAUUUAGAAGAAACUAAAAACAAACUGUUAGGAGAAACCCAUAAGCGACAACUCAUUGAGAAAAAGUUUAAUUACGAUUCAACUGAUGAUGUUAUUCCUGUUGGAGUUUUAAAUGACGAACAAUCAACUAAAAGUAACAAUGACUUGCCAUUUACUUUAACGAAAGGAAAAGAAAUUUCAAAUGAAACAAUGUUUAAAAGUAACGAGAUAACCAAAAACAAAAAUAAGCAAAAAAAUGACACUUCGUUUCAGUGGAAUCUUUUACCAAAUGCAGUGCUUAAAGAACUCGGAAUAGACAAAAAGUUAAUCUCUCAAAAUAAAGAGAUUGAUUCAAAAUCUGCAGUCAGUUUACAUAUAGGAAAAAAUAUUGAAAACACUAUAUCUCCUAUUAAGGAAAAUCGAUUUCGCUUAGUAAGUUUUAAAGAUGAGACAGAAAUUAUUCCUUCAUCGCCGAAAUCUGAGGUUUCAAAAGAGUCGCUUGAAGUUAUAGAAGAAAAAGAAAACUUUCAGAAAAAAGUUUUUUCAGAAAUUGAAGAAAAGUCUUUGAAAACUUUUCAAGAAAAAAAGUUGCAUAACGAGGAGGAUUGUAAGCUACAAUAAUUGUUUUCACAACAAACCAAUCAUAUUGUAGUUUUUAAAAUUUCAUCGAAAAAAUGUAGUACAGUUUUUUUAAUAUAUUAUAUCUUUUGAUAUCUUUA